CGCCUGCGCAAAACUGAUGAAGAUUGUCCAUCCUGGACCUCCGUAUGAUCUUUGCAGAGCAGGAGUUCAAUUGCCUAGUGGGAAAUGUAGUUCUAGCGCGAGACAGGCGACACUGCACGGCUGCGCGAAAAGGGGGAUGUGGGAUCCCCCCUUACCGGAACGCUGGGGACGCGUCCGGCCCCAGCGGUGCUCCAGUCCGGUAUGUAAAGCAGGUCAUGCUUCUAUGCUACUUGGUUCGUUUUCCCCACAGUAACAGGAGAGCCUUCCUGAGACUUUGUCAGUCCUACCUGUGACCCUGCCAGUUUUUUUUCAGUUGUGGGGUCUGAACCCGGAUGUCACUUGUGACUGAGGCUCCACAGUUCCCAGGGGCUCCUUUCAGGACUCAUAGAAACCUCCUGCACCUUGGUGAUGGCACAGAGGGACGGUUUUUAUUUUCCUUUGGAGCCUGAAUGACUGCCGAGAAGGAAGGCGAAAGUAAAGUGCUUGUCUCUGCUGGUGACUUCGGGCCGCAGGCCGUCAUAGUGAACCCCUUUCAGAACCCGAGGACAAGGCCCACCAGAACAUGAGUCAUGAGUGAAACAUCUUGCUCUUUUUUUAUUGAGAAAGAAUUUCAAGAUGGGCAGCUAGAAAGCGUCUCUGCUGGGCUCUCUUCAUCGUACAAGGACAAGGGUGCACUCAUGGCUUUCAGAGGAAUUCCUAUCUCCGAACUGACGAACCAUGGCAUUCUCCAGGCCCUGACGGCAGAAACUAACGGGUGGCAGCCAGGUGUUGUGAGUGAAGAGGUCCUCAGAGCCCAGGAAGAGUGGGAAGUGGUGGACACCAUCCAUCCAGACAUAGAGAGUGGAGUCCGCUCCCAGCAGCCUGGCCAGCUCAUCUCCUUCAGCGAGGCCCUGGAGCACUUCCAGAGCGUGGACCUUUCCUCUUUCAAGAAAAGAAUCCAGCCCACUAUUCAAAGGACUGGGCUCGCCGCACUCCGGCAUUGCCUCUUCGGGCCGCCAAAGCUGCACCAGGGUCUUCGGGAAGAAAGAGACUUGGUUCUCACCAUUGCUCAGUGUGGCCUGGACAGCCAAAACCCAACGCAUGGCCGAGUGCUCCAGACCAUCUACAAGAAGCUGACUGGCUCCAAGUUCGACUGUGCCCUUCACGGAGACCAUUGGGAAGACCUGGGCUUCCAGGGAGCAAACCCAGCCACAGACCUCCGGGGAGCAGGCUUCCUGGCCCUCCUGCACCUACUCUACCUGGUCAUGGAUUCAAAGACGUUGCUGAUGGCCCAGGAGAUCUUCCGCCUGUCUCAUCACCAUAUCCAGCAAUUCCCCUUCUGUUUGAUGUCUGUGAACAUCACCCGCAUCGCCAUCCAGGCCUUGAGAGAGGAGUGUCUCUCCAGGGAGUGUAAUCGGCGGCAGAAGGUCAUCCCGGUGGUGAACAGCUUCUACGCGGCUACUUUCCUUCAUCUAGCUCGCGUGUGGAGGACCCAGCAGAAGACUAUUUUAGACUCAGGCUUUGUCCUCAAAGACUUGGAAGCGUUGGCCAAGAAGAGCCCAAAACGACUGCUCAAGACCCUGGACGACUACCUCGCCCAGGUGUCAAAGGGACAGGCCUCCUUGUUGGAGGCACACAAGCGCCCUGGAUCACAGGGACCUCACUCCAAGGAUCUCACGUUCACAGGCGUGUGUGACCUGCAGUCUCACUCAUCUGAGAGUGCAGGGUUGAUCUGACCCACCACGGAGAGACCAGGACAGGCUGGGUUGCUGGGGCUCUCUGAACUAAAGAAUCAUGUCUGGGCCAAAGCCCUUCGUGCCCCUGUAGGUGAGACUAGGAGGCUCCCGGGUGUGUGUAGUGACACCCACGCCCACAUUUCUACACCAGCAGAGCACAUUCAGGCAGCUAGAAUUACCCUCCAUGCACGGAGUCUUCUGUCCUUCGCAGCUGGACUCCACUUCACAGGGUUGGACUCCUGAUAUCUCAGUGGAACUGAACAGACCAUACGGCCAGACAGACCUAUCAGAAUUGCCUACACGUCUGCACCUAGAGGCAGAGACCCUAGAAGCAACAACCAAGAUUCUGACUCCCAACAGCUGUCCCCAGUGUCUGUGGUUGGAAUUGGAAGGACAGAGACAGCAAUAUCUUUAGCCAGCAGGGGGCAGCACAACACAGAAAAAGUGACUGAUAGGCAGGUUCUCUCUUCCUCCAGCCACCGUUUUUUUUUCAAGGCACUUGUUUCCACCCUACCCUUCGCCUCUUUCCCCUUCCUCUCCUUUGCACACCAUUGUUUGUAAUCUAGAAAUGGGUACUUGACUGGCUAGACUAGUCAUUGAGCACCCCACCCCCACAGCCCACAGGCUGGAGCGCCUCUGGAGACCACUAUCUAUCUACCCUGGCUAAGAGGCAAAGGAAACUCACUCACCCACCAGCAGUUUUAGAAUAAAGGAAUUGUUGUAGUCUCUGGUA